AUGAGGUGCGAGAACAAGGCCGCUGAGAGCGCGUCUGCACAACUCUGUGAAGACGCCGAAGCAGAAACCUCUGCAACCGAUGUGCCAUCGGUUGCCAUAGUGUCUCAGUCUAUAUCACCUGGUGAUGCAGGCGCUCGUUAUGAAGACACUCAUGUCUUCUCAGAGUAUGAGCUCGGUGUCUCAUACUCUCCUGAUACGGAAGAGGGAUCCGUAUCGAAGGCGGUUGAAACCAAGCCGCCUGCCAAGCGUGGCAUGGAUGAUGCUACUCGUCGUAUCAUAUUCGGUUCAUCUGACGAAUCAGAUGACCAUCGCCAAAGCGAAGGCGCUCGAGGUCACAAGACUCGGGCGCUCACAGUGGUGUCGGUUCUCCUACGGACACCACUUCACAGCGAGUGCCCAGAGCUUCUGUCGGCACGUCGCAAGAAGAGCGGGACCGCAGUAUGUUGCGUCUCACUCCCGAAAAGAAAGCAUGGCUGCCUCCAAUGUCGGUCAUGGAUCGCUUGUCGGCAGCGAUAA